UCCUUUAGGCCAGUGCCGUUGCAUUCCGAACAGGUUGAUUCGGACAUUUUUGGCUUCUCCGGAUUGCAAAUCGGGUGUAGAUGGCCUUGACUAGAUCGCUACAGAUUAAGAUAUGCUGGUCGUGCUGUCCUCGCUCUUUACUGCCGAGGUGGGGUAUUUAUGAUUUUGUCGAGUGACUCAACGGCCAAGCGGAAACGGGUCAGAUGACUUACCGUAAGGCACUGAUUGGGCGUCAGCCAUUAAAGACCACUGGAGCCUGUUCUUCCAAAACUCCUAUUGUCAAUCCACAACGACAUGUCCGGCGACUUGAGUGUGCAGCGACAAUGCCAGACAUGUUUGGCCACCUUCUCAGCGCCCCAGGAGCUACACGCCCAUCUUGAGGCAUACAGAUCCCAAGAACGGACCUUAGCUACGCAAAUUGAGCGGUGUCGCGCGCACAUGACUCUGGCCACAGAACUGCCUGAAACCCACGAUCUUGAUGGAGCUUCGUUGACCGUAUGUCGGUCCAAUUACCAUGGAUCUCACAGCAGGAGAAUCUGCCCCUAUGAUGGCUGCAACCUAGCGCCAUUUAAGACGCGGCAAACCCUCAUCAGACACUUCGAAACCCAUGUACCCUGUUUUGAAGUGUGUGUGUACUGCUUCGACCGGCUCACAACCGUGAGCACAUUUCGAAAACAUGCUCAGACACACAGGGGGGCGAAUCACAGAAAGAAUACAUUCAUGUCGGGCAUAUCCGAUGACCUACAUGCCCAAGCCAUUCUGGAGUUAGAUCGACUUCUUGAUUGUAAAAUUUCUUCAACCCUGUCAAACACGACGUCUGCGAAAAAAAGAGCGCUCGACACCAGUGAGCUUACGACGGAAACAAGCCAGCCCUACAAGAAAACCAAAUCACUCAAAAGCAUGUUUAUGACCUCUGCUACCACUUUGGAGAAUGAUUGUUCAGCAAUUCGUGCUGGACCCCUCCCACCAGAACCGCCCAAAGUUCCAUCUUUUUUCGAUGCAGUGGACUUUUUUGCCCCUCCACUAUUUUAUGACAACACUCAAGUGUUCACGGACAACUUUGACGCACCUCUCUUUGAUGCUCCUCCACCAAUGCCUAACCACGAGGACCAGUUUCAGGGUGGCAAUAGCGGUUAUUUGUCUGUCAGCGCCAUGGCGCCGAUGUCAAGCGAUACUAGGUGCCUCCCCGAGGGCAGUUUCUAGGAGGGAUAUCAAGGAGAUUCAGGUUCGGACUGCAUAACCUGUGGCAACGGCUCGAUUGUACCGGCUGCAUCAAAUCGCAUAUGGAAUUCGACUAUUUCGUUUUCCCUUGAUAGCUCAGCGACCUUAUCAAUCAUGUCAGGUGUGUUUGGUAGGACCAUUUUGGACCAUUUGACAAUCACAUCUGGUGUUGCGAAUAUUGAGGCGAUUGGAUCUCCUACGUUCAUCUCAAAGGCGAGCCGGCCGUCAUGAAUAGAUCUGUAGGAAAUGAUCAGCAAAAGCUUGUACUAUC